AGCGACUCGAGCAAUGACGAGAUCACGGAAUUUUCAGUUUUAAGAGCUUCAUCGCAUUUACAUCUGGGCAUUCAUCAUCGAGCUUGUUGCAAUACCGUUUACAUUUCUCGUCUCAGGAUAUCACUCAGCUAGUUCCCACGAUCGUAUUAUUUUGACAGCGGUACAACUGCCUGUCGUUUCAAGUGCUAUCCCAGACAAUCACCCAGACAGACCAGAUGGCGAAGCUUACCAACUAUGUUGCAUUCCUGCAUCCUGAGACGGGAAGAGAGCAAAUUGGCCAUCUGGACCUCGACAGCAACACAAUUCAGCCGCUGAGCUUUGGUUCGGGUACACCCGUACGUGACCUUUACCAGGUAGUCGAAGCCGGCUCUCCAGACAAGAUAAACGCCAUCGGCUCCCCCCUGCCCGUCAGUUCCGUCAGGAUCCUGCCUCCCGUCUCAGGCCGUGAUGUUCUCGCGGUGGGCAAGAAUUAUAUGGAGCAUGCCAAGGAAUUCAACAGCUCCGGCUUCGACAGCUCCGACAAGGUCGAUCGUCCCAGCCACCCGGUCAUAUUCACCAAGAGGUCAACUUCGAUCAUCGCUGACGGGGAGGAGAUACUGCUCCAUGAGGGGUUUACGUCGACUGCUGACUACGAAGGCGAGAUUGGUGUCAUUAUUUCACGUCCUGGGUUCCGCGUCUCAGCUCAAGAUGCGUGGGAUUACGUUUGGGGCUACACUAUCAUCAACGACGUGACGGCCCGCGAGCGUCAGCGCGACCAUAAACAGUUCUACAUUGGAAAGUCGCCCGAUACUUUCUGCCCUAUGGGCCCUAUCGCGGUGCCAAAGGAAGAUCUGCCCAAGACUCUCAAGAUCCAAACCCACGUCAACGGUGAAUUGAGACAAAACUCAUCUACAGAUGACCUGAUCUUCUCAAUCCCUGAACUAAUAGAAACGCUGUCGGCCGGUCAGACUCUACAGCCAGGCGACAUCCUGGCCACCGGAACACCCGCCGGGGUGGGCAUUGGAAAGACCCCUCCGAUCUAUCUCAAGCCCGGCGACGAGGUUGCCAUCUCCGUAACAGGUCUCGGCACCCUAACCAACAAGGUUGCGCAGCUGGAUGCCAUAAACUCCACAGGAGAACGGAUCGGCGCCGCAAGCUCCUUCGCACUGAUCAAUUCGGACAAGGCCACCGGCCGCGGUAACGCAUUGAGUGUUGUUGAUGGCAAGUCUAUCUCGUACAACAAAUUGGGCUCGGGCUCCAAUAAUAUCAUAUUUGUCCACGGUCUUGGCGGUACCAAGUACUACUGGACACCAUUGGUGUCAACCCUUGCCCUGGCAGACCAGGCGACUCUUCAUCUAUACGACUUUGAGGGCCAUGGCCAGACGCCGACACACCCUCUGAGCCUCUUGACCGUCUCAUCCAUGGCCAAUGACCUCGCCGGGGUGUUCAAAGCCGCCAAUGCAUCCACCACCGCACCAGCCACACUGAUAGCGCACUCCUUCGGCUGCCUAGUCGCCCUCAAGUUCACGCUGGACAACCCAAGCCUCGUCAAGAAGCUGGUCCUCAUCGGGCCCCCGCCAUCCCCUCUGCCAGACGCGGCCGCUGAGGCCACUCUCGCCCGCGCCACGCUGGUGCGUAAAAGCGGAAUGGCAGCAGUCGUCGAUGCCGUGGUCGAUGCGGGAACGUCGGACGCCUCGAAGCGUAACAAUCCGCUUGCAGUGGCUGCGGUUCGCAUGUCCCUGCUGGGUCAGGAUCCCGAGGCCUACGCGAAGGCAUGCCAUGCCCUCGCGGACUCCAAGGCGACGACGCUCAGCGUGGAGGACAUCGCGGUACCAACUCUCAUUAUCACCGGUGAGGAUGACAAGGUGUCACCUCCGGCAUUGUGCGAGCAAUACAAGGCGAAAAUGAAGGACUCUAGUCUUGAGGUGCUUCCCAACGUCGGGCACUGGCAUGUGUUCGAGCAUGUAAAUGGUGUUUCUCAUGCUGUCAGGGCGUUCUUAUAGCUCUGUGAGCUUUGUGCGCGAAGUCGUACAGCGCCAGGGCCGUGCAUAUCAUAUGGGUCAGCCAGUCUGACCUGUGCCGCUCUUGUGUCACUAUCACCAUGCUGAGUCCCGUCCAUAUGCGAGAUAUGUACUCAAGCUUAAACAAUCUGUCCUCGUCGACACCACUUCAAGAUCACAACAAA